AUGCAACGUUAUAGAUAUUUUAUCACUCCUCCAUUCUACUACAGAUUUACAACAAAAUUAGUUCGACAUAUUCUUGCUGAAUACAAUAUUUAUUAUACUCAUGUCAAACCAGUUGAUGAUUUAUUACUUAUUGGUGUAAAAGACAAAAUAAUUGAGCAACAAAACGAACGAAGAUUACUCGGUAAUAUAUUUGAUCGACGUCAUUACUACUUGUUUCGUCGUCAAGUUCAAUAUUUAUCAAGAAGAUCAAAUGAUAUACAAGAGUAA